CAUGUCUUAUCUUUUGCUCCCGUCUAGAACCGAUCAUUUGAGAGGACAUUCGAAGAAAGUUCAAAAACCGAGAUCAAACCGUUUACGUCUGGAGUUCCGUUUCUCGCACCGAGUAGUGAAUUACUGGAAUUCUCUACCGGAACACGUAAUAUCAGCACCAUCUGUUAAUAUAUUCAAAACGAGAUUGGACCUCCACUGUAUUACAAACUGCAAGGAUUAAUAUAGGUCGACAGACCUCCUAUCCUUAUUACUGAAGACUGAAGACUGAAGACAACAGUGUAGCGCAACUGUUCGGGGCUUGGAGGUGGCGGAGGUUUCUAUUUGACUGCAUAACUGAAAUAUACGCCAAUGAUUCGUUUCCCCAGUGGGACUGUUGACGGUCUCUCUUGCUUCUUAUCUAUUCCACAUACCCUGCUUAGUGCCUCUCCUCUUAAUCCCGGAGGACUGACCAUGCAAGGUAUUGAUGGCUCACCUUCCAGUCUCCCUUUCCCAGGACACACUCCUUUUGUUAGGAACCUAUGUUUGGGACUCAAUUUACCUAUCAUAAAUACCGCAAAUAUUUUUCCUCCUCCGAAUCUCGGGGUUGGCGUAAUACCUCCAGCUUCUUGUGCAUCUGCAGGGUACCAAAACCCAGUUUUGUGUUUUCCUGCCUCAGUGACUCAAACGGCCCACUCGGUUAUUGAUUCUGGUCCAUCUGAUCCAUCUGUUCACACGAUUGUUCGUGGUCCAGUUAUGUACACAAGCGCCAGUAGUCGUGAUUUGAUUCAACGAAGCAAUGGAAUUCAUUCCAGUGAUGCAAAAAUUACAGAAGAAAGUCCUCCUGAUCGUAUUGUGGCUUCUUAUGCUGCUGCAGCACAUGCAGCUGCGUUGGCUUGUCAUCAACCGAUUUCCAGAGCUGCUGAAGCUUACUUAGCCACAAACUCUUAUAACCGAUCACGUCAUUCUAAAAGACCUCGGGCACUAAACCAUUUGUCUACUGUCACAAUAUCAACAACUUCGAACUCACUGUCUACUUUUGUGGAUACUGGAUCAAAUUAUAUUUCAUCUAAUUUAUUAUCAGUCCCUUCUUCUGGAUCAUCACUUAUUUCAUCAGAAGCUACUUAUGGAGAAUCACAUAAAGGGUGGACUCGUCUAGUGAAUAAGAAAACACAAAAUGUAGUGUACAUAACGUCUGAUGGUACUCGCCUACAUAACGUCGAUGAAGUAUACACAUAUUUAUCAACAAGAAAUUCAGAAUGUGAAAUUAAUUCCAAUAUAAAAGAAUUAAUCGCUGCUCAUUUCAUUUUUGCACCAGCAAUCGAUGGUCCUUCGCUUGAGGAUACAUUAAAUUUUGUUCAUAGAUUACAAGGUUCUGUUUUAAAAGAUGAAUCAGUGAAUGAUAACGUUUCCCAGUUUCUAACAACUGUAUCAAGUAGUGUAAAUAGUGAUAGUGUUUCACAAGCCGUUAAAUCAUCGGAGGGAGUUUCCACCUGUCGUAUUACGUUCAACCCCGAUUAUUUAACAAACUCUGACCUGCCAGCAAAACGAUCAAAGUUAACUGAUGAUUUACUUAGUUCAGUUUGUAAUCCAAAAGAGCCAUCUACAUUGAAGCAACAGUCCGUUAACUCUUCAGUCAAUACAACUAUCAGUGCAUGUCUAACACAGUCAUUUGUAUCAUCGAAUAAUUGUGAAUUGAAUAUUUUGUGUACUGAUGCACUGUAUACUUCACCAAUUGAUCGAAUUCGUGAAGGACCAAGUGAUUUUGAAAAUAAUCAAUUCACUCACAAACAAAACUUGAAUAAUUUGAGUAAGAAUGAAGCUGAAAAUUUCGCAGCUUCGUCUACUAGCGUAUUUCCUGAUGAUAUAUCUUCUAGUCGAAUAAAACCAAGUCAGUUGCAGAAUGAUAGCGAAGUAGUUGCUAAACUUACCACUGAAACCCUUACAACUGGCGCCUUGCGUACAUCGUUAGCAUCACUAACUACUGAGGUUGUUCCGUCCGUUAUAUCUCCGUCCAAGCAGAUUGGUGUAAAUGCUACAAAUUUUAGUUUAUCAGACGCUACUAGUUCAUGUUUCGAUCCAUCUCAGGCAAAUUUAGCUACACUGGACGUCUUGCAACAAAAUUCUGUUAAUCCACUGUUCAUUGAACAAUUACUUGAAAUCAAUCAAAUGCGUCAUAUUCAUCAUCCACAGCAGCAUAAUCAUAAUUUGAGUUCAGGCAUCACGGUCACAGUACCGACACAAAACAUCAUAGGAAACUAUCCAUUUGGCGUUUUAGCUGGUCAGUCUCUAUCAAAUCCUAUUUUAUCAUCUUUAACAGCUGAAUGGCUUUCAAAUCUUCGUUCAUCUACACAACAAUCGAUAACUAGUAGUACUCUACCAGAGUUGACACUGAAUUCAGCUAUUGACAAUUUAAAUGCAACUUCUGUUCUUCAGCAAUAUCAACAACGACAACAUUUCUUAACUCUGGCAGCCUUACAAAAACAUCAGCAAAAUCAAGCAUUAGCCCUGAUUCAAAAUGCCGUCUUGCUCCAACAACAAAGGAAUAAUAGUGUUGCAAACGCUGCUGCACUUGUCUUACGUCAACAACAAGAGCAACAGUUGGCAGUAGCUUCUUUACAAGCCCAAAGUUAUAUAGCUGCUUUGCAACAGCAGUUUACUAAUUCACAUACCUAAAAUCGACUUCUCAUUACCCCAUAAAUAAUAAUAUACAUAAGUAGGAGAUUGAUUUAUUCACACCGUUCUUUAUUGGUAUGUUGUAUAUCACACAUAUCUAUUGACAAAUGUCUUUCUCAUUUGAUUCAUUUAAUUAUUGAUUUUCUCCUUACAUUGUGCCUACGCUAGUCUGAUGUAUUAGCAGUGAUGAUAUUUGAUAAUACUAGUCGCUCCUCAAAGGUAUACUCGUAUAUGUACACAUGUUGAUACUGGAAUUUCUGCUUCCCUUGCAUUUCUUUUCUUUUGACUAAACACUUCUAUUCAUUUUGAGUUUGUAACAGUUUUCUAUAACUACAGCACUGACAUCUCAUUACCAUUUGGUCCUGUAUUUAAAUGUUAUAUUGUAAUUAUACUUUCCUCUCAAAUCUUAUUUUUUGGUAGUAUAUUGUACUAUUUGAUCCUUCUUUGUAUAGCUAUCUUUUCUUAGGUGUUUCUGUGCGUUCGUUUCCAUUUGUAUUCUGUUUUUCUUUGUUUAUAAUAUUCUCUCUCUAGCUUUCAUCAUACUAUUUUACUUAAUCAUAUUUUGAACAUGUUAUUAUUACUACUAUUAUUACUAAAGACGGCAUAAACAACUGAUACACUCUUUCAUACUUAACUAGUUUCUCAUUGUGUUAAUACCAUAUAGCUGAAUCUAUCAUUUCAGGUGUUGUUACACAACUGGAAGACAAUAUGUGUUAAGCUAUUUUUCACAAUGGGUGGCAGCCUUCUUAUAAAUAGUAUAUAUUGAGGGAAAUUAAAAUUAUAUUAGUAAGAAAGUGUAAUGCUUUUAGUAGUGGCCCAGUUAAAAAAAUGAUCAGUUUCCUUGCACUACUGUCUGAUACUCAUCUACUGAAGAUGCUUACCUUGUAUGUUUAUGUUAAUUUAUGUGAACUGGAUAGUUCAAUUAUCAAAAUUUCAUCGUCCUCGUCAACUUCAACAUUUGAUCCAAGUGGAAGUGCAUUUUUCAGAUUAUUCUGAAAUAGUGAAUACUUCCUUCGUUUGCGACAGGUUGUCUUCGUAGGUGUUUGUAGUCUUUACUUUCCAUUCGAGAGGAAAGAAUCAUUAUUACAAAUCAGAUUAAUUAUCGAAUCAAAGAUUGCUUGAUAUGUACAUUGUUGUGAAUAAAGUAUGGUAAAGUUUCGUGAAUGUCUUAAUUUCUCAGAUAUUAGUCUCGAGGAACAUCAGAUAGCUGCUUUGUCACAGUAUGGAGAUUUAUAGUAGUCCGUACUCACUGCUCCUUAGUUCUCGUGACAAGUGCUAAAUUAUUAAAACCACAUGACUUCCGUUCUGUAGUAUAAAUUUGCAACUUUAAUUGUCGUGAUGCAGUAAGAUGAUAAAUCCAAUACCACUGGUACCAGCUGUUUAACUCCUGACUUGUAGACACUCCGGGAACAAAUCAUUGAUACUUCAGGAAGUCAUAUCUAAGUAACUGAACUGAUAUAAAAUUUAUGAUAUAUCGAAAGACUAAAGAAAUGGUAAGUUGCAAAGCUAUUUUAUCGUUUAUCAUUAUGUACACACUUACUGUAUACUUGUGGUGUGGGCUACUUAUGUCCACAUAAGUAGUAUAUAACGGUGUUCAAGCAUAAAAUGUAUUUCAGUAGAAGAUCGAUGAGGAAAGAACGGAAACGGAACGCAAAUGGUAUGAAAAUGCAUGAACAAUGGAACGAUAUUUGCAAAGGAACAGUCAAGUUUGAAAUGAUGGAUUGAUAUUUUGCAAAUUAACUAUUUACUAUAUGGUUCUCAGAUUUUAGUGAAAUGCUCUGCAAUUACGUGUCAAAUACUAGACUGUAGAUGGAAUGACAUGUGCGGUGAAAAAUAUUGUAGUCGGGGUAUUGAUUGGCGGCUUUAUCGAUUUUAACAUAAGUUUACCUUAUGGAUUGAUGAUUUUUUGUCAUUUAGAAAUUCCUUGUCUCUCCAGCGUUGCGGCUUGUUUAAGCUACAGCUUAUAAGAUCAGACAGACUAAAGCAUUCUAGCUACCACCAAAUAUGUAACUUCGGUAAGGAUGUUAACAACUUUUCUUGCAUCUAACAAUUCUUUCUUAAACCUAAUAAUCAUCAGUGAACGCUCUCAGGUCAUUAAGAUCACCUCUAAUCCAGUUUUCUUUUCAGGUACCUUCAGAAGAACCCUUCCAUGGUAUGGGAAACCGAGAAGUGAUAAUUAGCUUCAUACCUCUAACAGCACUCAAGAUCACUGUAUUCAUAAUCAAUCUCCCUCUGCAAUUCCCAUUAUUCCACCUAAAUUGACUUUCAACUCUAAAUUUCUUUUUUUGGUUUCCUCCUCAAGUGUCACCAUGGCCAACGAUCUUAUCGCGCAAAACACUGUCCCAUGUCUUCUGAAACCUCGCUCCAAACUACACAUUGUUUCCUUCAACGUACAUACGCUAUGUCAAAUCGGCCAACACGCAUCCUUGGAUAAGAUCCUAGAAUCUCGUACCAUUGAUGUAUUCUGUAUCUUCGAAACAGAGAUGGAAAAAGCAUCUGUUUAUUAUUGAUUGAUGCACAGUUCAAAAACUAAAAACACUCAGUUUUGAAGUCAAUGAUUCUUAGUAUUGGGGUUUUUGACAUUUUUAGAGACAUCAUUUAAUUCAGAAUAAUUUGUACGUAAUCAAUCCAGAUAGAAAAAAUUAAUAUACCUACAUCAAUGAAAACGUUUAUUUGUUGAAACUGGGAACUACCUUUGUUCCAUUAUCAAUUAUCUACUUGGUGUAAUUUGGAUCUGAUUGCUUGAAUUUGUUGAGCAUUUAUUGUUCAAAUAGCUGGAUAGCAACAUUCGCUUUUUCAACAUUAUACAUUUGAAUUUAUAACUAUAUAAUACCGUUCAUUAUCUAAAACCUUGUUUCUAAUUUCGACUGAACAGGAGCGCAACUGUAUGAACUAACCUAAAAAUUCUUUCCCAUUUUCACUUCUCUUUGGUUUGGAUAUAAUCACUAUUAUUGAGCUCACUUAAUAAAACCCCUUAUCUGUAAACGUUGCACACCUUUGAUGUUUCUGAUAGACCUAAGUAACUUAAAUAAUUUCUAACCCGAACAAUUAAUCAUAAAUCAACAAAAAAAAUGUUACAUUAUACAUUUCUGUUAUUGUUCUUC